AAAAAAAGAAAAAAAAGAACAACUCACUCCCCAAUUUCAAAAUAUAGGACCGUUAGAGAGAUCCUUCCCCAAACGUUAUACCCCCCGCUCGCUCUCCAUUAAAUCCCCCCAAUUCUCUUCUCUCUCUCUCUCUCUGAAAUUCCUGUCCAGUUUUCACUAAAUUCAGACCAAAACGAUUUCUGAGAUGCCGGCGACGACGGAGGAGAAAGGCAAUGACGGACACGAAGGCGCAAACCUCCAUGAUCGACGAGGUCUACGAAUUCUGGGCGCCGCGAUUCUUCGAUUUUAUGAAGGAGGAGAGCGACGCCGACAAGAACAAAGCCGAGCAGUUCGACUCCACUCCGCUCGCCCCUACGCCUCUUCCCCUUUCAUGUCUAGAAUCAAGACUGGUAGAUCCUUUACAGUAGAGAGCAUGUGCGACUUUACUGAAGCAGAACAUAUGCAGAAGAACCUUGAAUCAUCCUCUGAUUUAAAAGCUGCUGAUGAAACUAAGGCUGACUUGAAGAUCACUCCUGAAUUGAAGGAAGCUAAAGAUGAAAACAGUGCAAGACAAGCCAUUAUAAUUUCUGCUGAUAAAGUAGAGGACAAAUGCAUGAAAGAUGAUGGAAGUGUUCUGGCUGCUGCGCAGUAUCUUCCAAUAAGAGAACUGAUAUAACUAAUGAGAAGGAGAAUAGUAAUUCCAUAGCUAGUACUCCAAAGCCACCCAUGAAUUAUUCCAAGAACGGAGAUCUUCCAAGUGAUUCCAAAAA